GUCGGGCCGAAGUGACGCUCUACCCACGCGAGCUCGCUGCUCGGCCCGGAGCAGACGAGCGGACCGGAAGCUUGAGGCUAGCGGGUCGUUCCGCCGACGCUCUACCCGGCGGGCCGCGGCCUCUCUGCCUCGGCGGAGGACUGACGGCAGGGAGCCGGCGGAGGCGGGGGAGAGAGAAGAUGGCGGAGGCCUCGGCGGCGGCCGCCGUGUCCCAGCACCGCUUCUUCUGCCACAGCUGCAAGGGGGAGGUCAGCCCCAAGCUGCCGGAGUACACUUGCCCGAGAUGUGAGUCUGGCUUUAUUGAAGAAGUCACAGAUGAUUCCAGUUUUCUAGAUGGCAGCGGCAUAGACGACAGCCCGUCCACACAGUUUGCAGAGCUUUGGGACCAUUUGGACCACACAAUGUUCUUUCCUGACUUCAGACCCUUUCUGAGUAGCAGCUCACUGGAUCAAGACAGCAGGGACAACGAGAGGGGCCACCAAGCCCACGCCGACCUCUGGGGACCAAGCCGACCCCCGCGAUUGCCCAUGACGCGGAGGUACAGAUCCCGGGGCAGCUCGCGCCCCGACAGGUCUCCUGCUAUCGAAGGAAUAAUACAGCAGAUCUUUGCAGGGUUUUUUGCAAACUCAGCGAUUCCUGGCUCGCAACACCCUUUUUCCUGGAGUGGGAUGCUGCACUCGAAUCCUGGGGACUAUGCGUGGGGACAGAGCGGCCUUGAUGCUAUUGUCACCCAGCUCUUGGGGCAGUUGGAAAACACGGGACCACCUCCAGCCGACAAAGAGAAGAUCUCAUCUCUCCCAACGGUGACAGUAACUCAGGAACAAGUCGAUACGGGUUUGGAGUGUCCUGUGUGCAAAGAGGACUACACAGUAGCGGAGCAAGUUCGGCAGUUACCGUGCAAUCACUUCUUCCACAGCAACUGCAUCGUGCCGUGGUUAGAGCUGCACGACACGUGUCCGGUGUGCAGGAAGAGCUUAAAAGGCGAAGAUUCCACUCGGCAAACACAAAACACCGAGGCCUCAGCGAGUAACAGCUUUAGCAGUGAAAGCCAACUACACGAUCGAUGGACUUUCUGACGCUCGAGGGCUUCCUUGGGGGCUCUGGCCAGAGUAUCGUUACUACAGAUGUACAUUGUAUUAUAAU